CCUAAAGUCGAAAAUGUGAUCAAUAUCUGCUCACAAACUCCCCUACCCAAAGAAGAAGAAUGUUCUGGCCACGAUACGUAUCGAACAAGAGAGGGGCAGUAAAGUUUCAAUUGAUCAAUCAUGUUCCGCGCUUUUGGACACAUGACGUUACGACCCUUUGACAUCACCAGCUCCAUUCGUGAGGGGAGUUUCCCGUAAAUAUAUCUCAAUCUCAACCGUGCUGCUUCUCAUCCUCUCAGCCAGAGACACCGAAGAGACAAAGAGAAGAGCUCUUGAAGACCAGAACAUAAACAAGCAAACCACCAUAAGUCUAUUAGAAACAAGAACACCACCCAAAAUGUCUUCCUCCGAAAACAAAAACCAGCAGCAGGAUCUCAACGCCCUCGCCGAGGAGGCCGAGCGCGACCUCAACACCUGGUAUGCCAAGACGGGCCACCGACGCGCCGGUAUCGAGGAAGAGGCACCCGGCAUCAACGAAUUAGAGGCGUCCAGGAAGUUUCCGGGAACCGAGAUCCGGUACGGCGAGGACCUGUGCACCAACAAGUCGUGGGACAAGAAGAUUCCGGAGCCGGAGGGCGGGGACAGGGAUGAUAAGGGGCACCUCCUCCACGGCCACGCCUACGAAGGCAUCGGCGGCCCCGAAGACAAAACCGCGCACAUCUACCAACACUCGCCCGGCCGCAUCGACGAGGAAGUCGUCAAAGGAUGGGGCCUGGACCCGGUAAAGCUGACCGAAGAAACCUUUGACCCGUCACGGCCGGACCUGUUACCGCCCGACCAGGCGCGCGGGCACGGGUACGAUAACACCGAGGGGGGACCGCACAAGUAUCAGCAGAGCAUAUUGGAGAGCGGGAAGAGGGCGGCGGCGGCGAAUGUGUUUGGGGAGGAUACGGGUUUGGGGCUCCAUCAUCGAGAUCUGCCGACGGGUGCGAGGGGGGGAAACAAGUGGCGGAGGGGAUCGAAGUGGGAGGCGAGAGAGGGUGUACCCGACCAGGGGGCGGAUAUGAAUGAAGUGCCGCCGAAGAGUGUGGUUGAGUUCAGUCACAGUCUGCACUAGAUGACGGUGGGUGGAUGGAUGGAUGGCUGUGAUGGGUGGUGGGUGAGCUUGUAUGAUAACAGCGGUGGAAAUAACUCAACUUACUCAUUAUGAUAGUAGUGUAUUGUGGACUGGACAAAAAGGAUUCUUG